CAGCGAUCAGACAUUUAGAUCAACCUCUCACUUCAUUUCAGGUGAAAACUAAUAAUGGAAACCAGCAAGGUCAUCUCAACUGACAAAGCUACAGUUGUCAUCCAAGUAAAUCCACAGGUGGCACAAAAUGCUGUUAUUUGUGAUGAUGGACAGCAGACCAGAGUAUAUCCCAAUACGGCUCUCACUGGAUUUUCCAAAGCACAACCAAAGGCUUUGGGGACUGUCCAAAUAGUAAUUGGAGUGGUGAAUUUCAUGUUUGGUAUCGUACGCACCACCUUUCUCAGCAAAGAUCACCCAGUUAUUAUUGUCAAGAGUGGCAUAACCUACUGGGGAUCCCUUUUUUACGUAAGUGGUGGAUCUUUGUCGGUUGCAGCACAGAAUAAACUUCACCCAUGUGUCGUGAAAGCCUCUCUUGGAAUGAAUGUGAUCAAUGCCAUAACUGCAGGGAUUUCCAUUGUUCUGAUGUCCAUAGAGAUAAAAUAUGAUCUGGGGAUCAGUGGAAUAUUGCUGGUGUUCUCCAUCCUUCAGUUCAUCAUCUCCAUCUAUAUCUCAGGAUUCGCCUGCAAAGCCACCUGCAAAAAAGACUCACAGACUACAGUGGUCAAUGUGGCACUGAACCAGGGAUACUGA